CUUGCUUUGAAUUUCAUCUACAGAUUGAUUCUUUUCGUGUAAAUAAACUACUUAGUAGUUUCAAUUUGACAAACAUUGAUUUGGGAUCUCUCUCAAUUCCCUAUUAGUCUUUAAAAUUAUUGGGUGUCGAUAUAAUCUUCGCGUUUUACUUGCUCUUCUUUUCUGCUCCACAACAAAGACCCCAAUUUCAUGGUGUGUUUUGACCUCAAUUCGUCGUUGUUCUGUGAACACUGGUGCGAAUUAUGACGUUGGUAUUGUGAAUUUCCCCUGUUGAAGAGGUUCUUCUAUAUGGGUAUUGUAGAACUGGAGUGCUUAUAGAUAUCUGGAAGAUUUAGGGAUAGUUUGAUCCAUUAUCGAGUUUGAAAAGGAUGAGAACUGAAGUUUGGAGAUGGGUUUUAGGUUUGAUAUAUAUAGUGGCUGUUGCUAGCAUCUGGAUUGCUGCCAGUUAUGUGGUUCAAUCUGUGGUAGAUGAAGGUGUUUCGCCGUUUCUCAUUACAUACAUUUGCAAUUCAUUGUUUGUGAUUUACAUACCUUUAGUUGAAAUUGGGCGUUAUUUGGAGGAUUCAUAUGGAAGUCUAUGCUUUUGGAGAAGUAAAAAGGAUAUUGGUUUGCAAGAAAUUGGGGAUUCAGAGCAAGUUGUUCUUCUUGGAGAGAGUAAUUUAGGGGCCAGAGUUGGUGGUUCCAAACAACCUGUCAUCCUGGAGCAGGGAGAAAUAAGUCAACAUAGAAUAGGUAUCGUUUCAGAAUUAGACUUGAAAGUAGAGAGGUUUGAAGCUGCUUCACUUGAUCAAGCCAUUGUCAGGAAAGAUGGUGAUGAACAACUUGAUUCAAAAGGGCGUUGGACACGCACUAGAGUGGCAAAGGCCAGCCUUUUGGUAUGCCCCUUUUGGUUUUUGGCGCAACUCACUUUUAAUCUCUCACUGGCGUAUACUACUGUUACAUCAAAUACCAUCUUAAGCAGUGCCUCCAGCCUAUUCACGUUUUUGGUUGCUCUAGUAUUUUUGGGUGAGAAGUUCACUUGGGUGAAGCUUAUAAGUGUUCUUCUUUGCAUGGGAGGAACAAUAAUUGUCAGCUUGGGAGACUCAGAAACAGGGUUAAGUGCAAUCGCUACAAAUCCUCUCCUUGGAGAUAUUUUUGCUCUCGUGUCAGCUGCAUUGUAUGCUGUUUAUAUCACCCUUAUUCGCAAAAACAUACCUGAUGAUGAUGGAAAGAGUGGUCAAGUCAGUAUGGCACAGUUUCUUGGGUUUUUAGGGCUGUUCAACCUUUUGAUUUUCCUUCCUGUUGCCCUCAUUCUUAAUUUUACCAAGUUGGAGCCAUUUUAUACACUUACAUGGAAGCAGUUUGGUCUGAUUGUUGGCAAAGGUCUGCUGGAUAAUGUGCUGAGCGACUACUUAUGGGCAAAGGCUAUUCUUCUGACAUCCACCACUGUUGCAACAGCUGGUCUGACAAUCCAAGUCCCAUUGGCAGCUGUUGUGGAUUCACUAACAGGAAAUGCUCCUAACUUCAUGGAUUACAUUGGUGCUGCGGCUGUCAUGGCUGGGUUCGCUGGGAUCAACAUCCCCAUUGAUGAUUUUUGCAGAUCAAAAGAAGCUGGUAUUGAAUUGGAAAAAGAGAAUAUUAGUUCAACUGAUCAAGAUCACACCUUAUCAAUCCACAAAGACACUGCCAUUUCCUAGCAUGCCUAUGUUCUUAGGGAUUAGGAAAGAAUGCGAAUACACAGUAGACCCGGUUCAAAUGAUGACCAGUAGAGCAGGAGUUGGGAGUCAGCUAAGUUGAAUUCAAACUUUGAGGUGCAGCCUGGGGAUAAAGAAAUCAUGAAGAUUGGGUGGAGCUUCAUAGUGUGCAUUUUAGUAGUCACAGGGAUUGGAAGAUUUGUUAUUGAGACUUUGGGGGGAGAGGCCUCGACUUAUAAUCAUAUUUUUAAAGAAGUAAUGGAUUAGUUCAUGCAAUAUCUAAUAAAUGAUUCUUCCUAUAUUUGAUAUGUUAAAUUUGCUAGAGAUUUAUUUGGUA